UAGUUUAGAAUUACACUUUUUUAUUUUAAAGUUAAACAUUAUUAUUAAAUUUAUUUCUUGGAUUGAUGGUCGACAACGACGAUAGGAGACAGCAUUUCAAGCUGUAACUUUUCGAUUUCAGUCGCAGGUUUUUGUUGUUCGAUUAAAUCAGCCAGGUACAUACCAGCUGUAGCGAAAAUCAUACCACCUACGCCCAAGGUUACCCGUGUUUUGGGACUUAAGGCCUUGUAAGAUCCCCAUAAUGACUUUCUUUGCAUGUUGACAAGUUUUUUAUUUUUUUUUAUUUUUGUAUGAAAGGAAGGGGUGUGGUUAAAAAGGUCACACCAACUCCGUCGGCUCUUUAUUAAUCAGUGCACACACUUUUUUCAAUCAGAAGCUUUCCAACAAUUAAUUUUUCUUUUUUAAUAUUUCAAUCAUGAAGAGACUUUGCUUCUUGACUUUAUUAUUUUUUUUGACAUUUACGUUAGCAGAUAUUCAAUACCGACGAACCCCACCGUUUGGGAUUACCACAGACGCAAAUAAAUCCUCUCAACAUUUGGGAGACUAUACCCAUUCACAUGAAACUGUAGAUAAAUCAACUUACUCUUGUCAUUCAAUUGGCGAAUGUGAACAAUGCACACCAUUAGAAAAAAAAACACAGCCUUAUUGUGUAGAAUUCGGUAACAAAGAGGCAGUGCGCUGCGAAUGGGACGACCCCGAAUUAGCAGAUAAAAGAAACCAAACCACUAUUUAUGAAGAUGACUCGAUCGCUUUACCUUCAUUUCGUGCGUGCCCACGUGUAAAAAGUGUGGAAAGAGUGAGACUGAUAAAAUUCGAAGGUUUCAAUUUAUCCGUUGCAGUGAUAUCCGUCAUUGUCUUUAUUUGGAGACAAAGGAAAAUUGCAAGAGAACAAUACCAGAGAUUAGCUCAGCGAAUUGGUGUAACGGUUUAGUUUGAAUAAAACGAAUUUGUAAAAUA